AUGACGGCAACAGUAUUAGAAACACCUGUUAUUGAUCAUAUUAAUGCAUCAGAAAAAUAUCGAUUUGAAACAUUUUCUAGUUUAUUAAAUUUUCCAUUAAUAACACGUCAUCAAUUAGCUCUUGCUGGUUUUAUCUAUCGUGAAACAAAAUGUCUAUGUCCACAAUGUGGUAUUACUAUUGAUUUAACAUCUUUAGAUGAUAAUGCUAUAUAUGCUUCAAAUUAUUUUCGAAAAUUACAUCGAGAAAAAGUUUCUUAUCUUGGUAAACGUUGUGCAUUUUUAUUAUGUGAAUCAGCUACAAAUAUUGAUGAUCUUCAUCCAUCAUUAAUAUCUCAACAAGGAGAAAAAUUACAAUGGGAUGAUGCUGAACAACCAGAUUUUAGUGAUUAUAAUGUACGUCUUCAAACAUUUCAUUCAUCGCCUUAUUUACAACAAGGAGAAAAUACUUUUGUUACACCACCAUUAUUAGCUAAACAGGGAUUCUAUUUUUCAGGUCCUGAUGAUGGUGUUACUUGUUUUUAUUGUGGUAAUAUAUUAACGAAUUGGUCAGAAGCAAUUCAUGAUACAAAUAAAAAUAUUGUUCAACUUGAACAUGCUCGAUUUUUUCCAUGUCGUUUUAUUACAUAUAUAGCUGGUGGAAAAUUCGUUGCUAAUGCUGGUUAUUUACAUGUUGUAUCUGAUCAAGAACGUCGUCUUCGUAAUCCUAUGACAUCAAAAGCAGUAAAAAAUUCUAAUAAACCUCAAUCAAUUGAUGAAUGUUUAUCAACAUUUGAAAAUUGGCCUAGUUAUGCUCCAGUAUUACCUAAAGAUUUAGCUCAAACUGGUUUUUAUUAUUUAGGUGAAGAAUUAAAAGUAAAAUGUUAUAUGUGUGAUCUUGAAGUUGAUGAAUGGCAUCAUGGUAUGACAGCAUUUGGUACACAUAAACGACGUCGAGGUAAUUGUGAAAUAAUUCAAGCAAUUCUUAGUACAGAAACAGGUGAUUUUCAAUGUGUUAAUGAAAAAUGGCGUUUACAAACACUUGAUGGUUUAUCAUUUGAAAAUGAUUGUGAUCAACAUUUAUGUCGAGAAUUAGCUGCAUGUGGUUUUUAUCGUUUUAAAAAUACAAAUAAUAUUCGUUGUGCAUUUUGUGCAGUUUUAAUUCAACCAAAAAUAGAUUCAUCAAUUAUGUCUCAACAUCGAAAUUUAGCUAAACAAUUAAAAAAAUCUUCAACUGUUGAUUGUAUUAUGGUUCGAGCACGAUGUCCAACGAAUAUUGUUAUACCAGAUCGUGAACGUUUUCCAGAAUAUCCAGAACAUCAAUCUAUAUUUGAUCGAAUUAAAACAUUUGAAAUUUAUCAAGAACGUCAUAAAGUUUUGGAUAAUUUUAUACGUGAAAGAGCUGAAGCUGGAUUUUUUCUUGAUACAAUGAAACGUAUGAGAUGUUUUCAAUGUGGAAAUUCAUUACCGAUUAAUGAUAAAAAUCUACUUAGAAAAUAUUCUCAAUAUGAUAUACAAAAGUUACAUGCACAUUUUUAUCCAACAUGUGAAUGGGUAAAAGAAAUAUUAGGUUUUAAAUACAUAGCACAAGUAUUAUUUGAUCGUACGAAAUUAGAUGAAAUAGAAUAUCAACAGUCAUAUAAUACACAAUUAUCAUCAACAUCAAGUCGACCUACUCGAGAUUCUUUCUCAUCUGUUUCAACUACACCAGGCAUUUAUGAUCAUACAUUUGCAAUUGAAGCUAAUAUAUCUGAUUAUUCUGCUGAAUCUGAUGGUGAUGGUGAUGGUUAUGAAACUGUUGCUACACCUUUUAAAGCACAAUUUAUCGAUCAUACCUCACCGAUUCAUUCACCAACAUCACCAUCAUCUACAACAACAUCUCAUGAUUCAUCAUUAACAACAGCACAAGCUUGUACUGAUGUUAUUACUAGUGAUAGUCAAGGCCGGUGGACAUCACCUAUUCUGACAGACCAAACAAAUCCAUUUAAACAAUUGGCUGCAGAAUCAAAAUCACCACCCAUUGAUAUUGCUCGUACUGAUAUUUCACCCAUUGAUCCUCGGGCAUUUUUUGCAUACGAAUCAAAUCGAUUAGAUUCAUUUAAAAAACAAAAUCGUAAAACUUUUGCUCAAUUUAAGAUUGAAGAACUUGCUUAUGCCGGAUUUUAUUUAAAUGCUGAAGGUACUGUUAUUAAAUGUCCAUGGUGUGUUGUUGAAUUAACUGAACAAAAAUUUGAAAAUAUAACACAUGUACGACCACCUAUUCCUGGUUCACCAUUAAAUGAUGAACCAUGGACAGCAAUGCGUGUACAUAGGCAUGAAAGUGGACAAUUUAUAGAUAAAAAUCAUUCAUGGUGUCUAUGGGUUAGACGAGAACUAGGUGGACUGUAUCCAAAUGUCAGCAUGAAUGUAAGUCAUAUGCGUUAUCCAGAAUAUCCAUCGUAUGCAGUAAUAGAAAAACGUAUUCAAUCAUUUCAAUCUAAUUGGGUGUAUCCAAGUGGUAGUAUUCUGUCUAAUGUAGCAAUGGCUAAUGCUGGUUUUAUUUAUUUGGGUAAUGGUAAAGUAUGUUGUUAUUAUUGUGGUAAUAAAUUUGUUGAUUUUGAACCACGUGAUUGUCCAUUUGAAGAACAUGCAACAUUUCAUCCAUUAUGUGAUUAUAUAACAGAAAAACGUGGUAUAUCGUAUAUCGAACGAGUCUUGAAAGAAUCUCCGCGAACUCCACAUGCAAAACAUAAAUAUGAAAGGAUUGGUACACAAAAAAUUAAAUGUAUUGUUUUCGAUAAAACUGGUCCAUCAGUAAGUAAAAAUAGUCGUAUACCAGUAAAACGAAUUAAUUCACGAUUAUCAACAAUGACAAGUCGAAGUAUGUCACGUUCAACAACACAUAAUUCGGAUAUAAUUGAAGAUAAUUGUCAAAUAUGUUAUGGAAAUGUAGCUACAUAUGAAUAUAAUCCAUGUCAACAUUGUCCCAUGUGUGGUGAAUGUUUUGCAAAAUUAACUGAACAACAACAUGAAGAAUGUUGUUAUUGUCGUCGACCAGCAACAAUACAUUCACGUGUACUAAUAAUGUUUAUCAAACAAUUUUCGAUUUUCAUUGUUAAUCGAUUAUUAAUACCUUAUCAUGCUGAAACAGUUCGAAUGAUUCGACGUAGUGAUACAACAGCUGAAGAUAUUGAUAUUGCAAUGAAAUUAGGCGAUGAUUAUCCCAUGGGAUCAAUUGAAUUAAUGAAUUAUAUAGGUUUAGAUACAUCUAAAUUUAUUACUGAUGGAUGGCAAAAAAUAUUAUCAUGA